GCUAAAAAAAAAAAAAAAAUCUUGUCAACUAGGGUGCACGUAAGCUUCUGCCUCACAUUUCUGGUGUUCUCCAAGCUAACGUUACAGUUAGAGAACUGGUAUAAUCUGCUCGCCACUGUAAAAGCAAAAUGGGGUGCUUCUUUUCGAAGAAACCCAAAAGAAAGUCAUCCGAAAAAGAGGAUCGUACGCCGACAACAACGACUGUCGAAACUACGACGACAAGCAACGCGGUUCCCCUUGGCAACAACACCGACGAGGCUCCGAAGCAGUACAGCUGGGAUAAAAGAGAAAAGGUUGAUCCCAAAGAUUACAUGCUGAUAGGGCUCAAAGAUGUCACAGUGGGCCGUCUUCCUGGCAAACUUAAUGGACAACAGUUUGUCAUCCAAGAGUGUGAAAACUGCAACAUCUACGUGUUCGACCACUCAGCGACUAUCACCAUCGAUGACUGUGUCAAUUGCCGCAUUGUUCUAGGACCUGUCAAGGGCAGUGUGUUUUUCAGAGACUGUAAAGACAUCAAGUGUGUGGUGGCCUGUCAGCAGUUUCGCACACGGGACUGUAAAAAGAUGGAGGUGUUCUUGUGCUGUGCCACUCAGCCCAUCAUCGAGUCAUCAACGGGUAUGAAGUUUGGCUGCUUUCAGUACUACUAUCCUGAGCUGGCAUUCCACUUCAAGGACGCCGGGCUCAGCAUAUUCAACAACAACUGGAGCAACAUCCACGACUUCACACCAGUGUCCGGAGAGAACAACUGGAGCUUGUUGCCAGAGGCUUCAGCGGUUCUGGAUUUUGUACCAGCACCAGACCCAGAGUCUGAGUUCAAGUCAGUGCGAAUCUCCACUGACCCCGCACGCAGCAUUGUGCCUUUGACAAAGGGAGGGAGGCGUAAGGACAGUGAAGAGUCCUGCCUCUUUGUUUUCUUCGCUGGGGAGUACGCCACUGCAAAUGCCCGCAAACUGAUUGAUGAGACAACUGCUAAAGGUUUUGUGCUGGUCCAGACGAAGGAAGUCUCAAUGCGACCUGAAGAUGUGAAGAGAGUGUUCCAAAACAGUGCAGAGGAUGUCGUGGAGUGGAUCACCAAAGGCCCUGUGAUUGCCCUGGAGCUGAAUGGUGACGGAGUUGUGGAAGCCUGUAAGAACAUCGGCAAUGAAGUGUUCAGUGGUACCAAGGUUUUUGUCUCUGAUAACAAAAAUACGUCCUCUCGAGACGUGGACAGCUUCUUCAACUUUGCCGACAUGCAGAUGGGCUUGUGAAUGAUUAAGUAUCGAAACAAACUGCACGUCAGACGUUGAAUCUGAUUUUCGAAACCCCCCGCUGUCCAGCAUGGGGUGAAUACGCGUGGCGUUUAAUUAUUUACCUCUUUUCAUCCUCAGAAAAAUAGGUAGGAGUGGAAAAUAUUAAGGACUGUGUUUGAUUAAGCUUUGGAUAAAACAAUUCAUCAACCAUGAGUCUGCAGACUAGAUUUAUCACCCUAUCAUCCCAAAUCAUUUGCUGUAAACCACUUAACAUCCAUUAGUUGCUAUGAGUGCUGUGAAUAUUUAUAUUUCUGUGAAUGUAUUUGAUAAUCCUGUUGCUUUUAUCGAUUGUGAACGUAGUUUUUUGCUGUAAUGUAAUUAAUUUUAAUUUAAAGCUUUGUUUUUCAUUAUUGUCUGAAACCCUUGAUGCAGUGGAAAGACCAUGAGCACAAGAAUGCCUAAAGGAAAAUUUUAUUUAUAAAUCAUAUUUUUAUUUCCUGUAAGGAUUUAUUUGUGUAUGUGGUUUAGAUAAUGUACUUUGCUUAAGAUGUGUAUAUUUGAAACAUGCUGUGUAGGUGAUAGCGACAUCUUAUUGACAUCUGUUAGGCCAAAGUUGAAUAGUGAAAGGUUGAGUUUAUCUGUACUAAAUGCUGGGUUUUGAUGUAGGCAAUUCAUGUGAUCAGUUUUUAAAAAAAAAUAUUUUUGUAAUAUUUGUUUUAUACUCUACUCAACAUUUUUGUAUAGAAACAAAUUCAUUUUCUUCAGUAUAAUUUUUAGUAAAGGUUUCAUUAUGUGUGA